GGAUCUGCAGGCGAUUCUCAGAAACAUUCUAUCAAUGCACCCAUCCCUCACCGAGACGUUCAAACUCGAAGCUACCAAGCGACUCAAAGGUUUCAAAGACAUGGAGUCUGUUUCUCUUUUUGAAAAAAAAGUGGGAAGCUCUGAAUAUCAGCUGAAAGAAGAUGCUUUUGAAAAAUACGAAAAAAGGAUAAGAGGCUUAAUUGGCAUUGGUCUCGCCCCCGUGGCUCUUGACAAACUUCACAACAUUGUUGAGCAGGUUUGUGGCAUAACCUAUGAUGAGGAGACUGAGACUGGAGAAAUCAUAGUUGAUAAGCUUGCGAUUAUUGACGGCGACAUAGUACAGACUGUUACUGGAUUGAAGGAAAUGGGUGACCAACAAGAUGAUGUCUAUUCUGUGGCUGAUAAGUUAUUAGCUGUUCUGAAAGUGUGCAAAUCGACCUUUGAGGAAAAGAACAGUGAGUGUGAAUUUCCAUUUGAUCGGGGUGAAAAGGUGUUAGUGGACUACUGUGCAGCACACGAUUAAAUACAAACCUGUCUUUUCGGGACAAUAUUCGGAUAACUUUUUUUCUCGGUAUAGAUUUAAGGCAAAAGAUUCCGAUCUACUCGGAAUAGAUAUUGUGAAAUGGAUACUUUUGCACAUAUAAAUCAAAAGCAAAAGUUGGAGUACCUCAAAUCAAAGUAGUUGGUCAUGGAAUUGAAUGGUCAGACUGUUCCGAGAGUUUUUAAUGGUUUAUGGCAACUAUCAUCUCCAGCAUGGGGGUCAGCUCCGAAAUCAAAGAUGAAGAAGCAUUUUAAACAACUUCUUGAAAAUAAAUUCUGGGCCUUUGACAUGGCUGAUCAUUACGGUGAUGCGGAGUUGAUCUUUUCAGAGCUACGUCAAACUUCUAGUCACACUUUUUGUGCCACCAAAUGGUGUGUGUUCGAUAACGAAUUUGAGGUUAGUCCCGAAAAUGUCAAAAAAGAAAUUGACACUCGUAUACGAAGGACGGGUGGUGUUGAUCUCCUUCAAUUCUAUUGGCAAAAUAAAGACGCAGAAAAACCAAUGCUAGAAAUUUGUAAGCUGAUAGUUGAAGACAAAAGAUGCAAAUUGGGUCUUUGCAACUUUGACACAUUGUUGAUGAAAAAGGUUGUUGAGUCCGGCAUCAAAGUAUACACAAACCAAGUUCAGUUUAGUUUAAUUGAUAUUCGCCCUAGGCU